AGGGGGAUGCGGUACAAAUUAAGCGCAACUUUGCACCCAUACCUUCAAGGAAGGAAGCCAUGGAUGUUGACUAUAAAUCACUGGAUAUAAGCCAUAACAUUUAUAAACAUGAAGAAGCAGACUCUCAGAUUAGUUCAAUUCGAAUAUACAGUCAAAGGCCGCCACCAUGGUUCAGCGCACAGGAUGUGAAAACCAUGCGCUUUCUUGCGGAUGCCAAAGUUUUGCGCAUGAAAGAAGUCUCUCAUGGAGACGCUCUUUCGCUUCUGAUAUUUGAGGGUGAGGCAAACGUUCAACAGGCGAACCAACAGCACGCAAAAACGAGCACUCUAUGCGGAGGGCAAUGUGGAGUCAUCCACAGCCCGGUGGAUACCACAGAGGUUUUUGCUUUUCAUUUGGACAGAGUGCUGGGGCUUAAUAGGACGUUGCCAGCUGUAAGCAGAAAGUUUCGCUUUUUAUACGAUGGGCAGUCCUGUCCAGUUGUGUCAUGGGAUGCAUCUCUAUACCCAGCAGGCCUUGCUGCAGGUUUGACCAGUUUGAAGUUAACAUGGGGGGAGUACCAGAACUCCCUUAAACAGAGAUGUUGGCAACAAAACAUCAGCCCAAAGUCUGAUUCUGGCUGCUCUACAAUUCAUCACUAUGAAUGGAGCAAACUUGCUCUGUUUGACUUUUUGUUACAGAUUAACAACCGCCUGGACCAGGGUUGCUGUGGGUUCAGGCCCCGGCAGCAGGAUGUGUGCAUUGAACUGGGUUACCAUGCUAAAUGUCAAGAUGCUAACCACAUACAGCUAGAAAACAUCAUCUACAGGAGCCACAGCCCCAGACACCUGGUCUUCACCAACAACAAGGGAUUCUUUGACCGUAAUGAGGACAACUUGGACUUCAGGCUGUUGGCGGGAAUCAAAGAGUUUCCAGAGCAAGCUGUGUCUGUGCUGAAAACCAGAAAACUGAGGGAAAAGCUUCUCCAAUCUCUGUUCCUUGACAAGACAUACUGGGAAAGCCAAGGGGGUCGUCAGGGCAUUGACAAGCUAAUUGAUGUUAUCGAGAGGCGAGCAAAGGUCCUCCUCACCUACAUCAAUGCCCAUGGGAUCAAAGUGAUAUCAAUGAAUGUGUGAUGAAGAUAAAUCUUUCAUAAAUCUUUUAAAUCUUUUAGAAGACAUUGGGGCUUUAUGCUCGAACAUUUUGUAGGUUGGUUGGGAUAAGAAUAAUAACAGAUGUGUGACAAUUUUUAAAUUUAUAUCACAAUAGCUUGAGAUUUUGUCAAAGAUAAUUAUGUGAUAUUAGAAAAAUGAAAUUUUUCUGAUGUUUUAUUUUCCAUUAUAUAAAAAAGGUCAUAGUUCCAAUGAGGGACUUGCUAAAGCUUCUUUGAGUAGCUGGAAGCUCAGUUAGGGUUACACAACCCACACUACACUGAUAACA